AUGCAAACUCGCUCACAGACCAAAGACCAACCCUCCCAACCUCCCAAACAAGCCGCCUACGCCCAAUCCUCGAAUCCCGUCACACACACGCCACAAGAGCAACGAGCAAGCACCGAACCGGUUCGACACUACGGCGACACAAUCGGGACAAUUAAACGCACAGCGGAGUCAAAACCAUCCAGCGAUGAAGAACGCGCUCGACUGAGCGCACAACAUCACCAACACGAACAAGAACUGCAUAAUGCACCCGACGUCGAUCUAGAAUACGGUGUAGAACAGCAGCCUGCUGAGGGGUAUAUUGCGGAUACUGUUCAGCGUAAGGGGAUGGGUAUGCAGCGUGCGCAGGCUGGUGCGCAUGCUGGUCCGGUUGGGAGUGCGGGUGGGCCUGGUCAUCCUGGUCUUCGGGAGGCGGAUGACCUGGCGGCGAAUUUGGGGGCGAAGAGGGUUGAGCAUGAUCGAAUUCUUGGUGAUAGGGUUGGGAGGAGUCCGGCGGAGCCGGAGGGGGGGGGUUGCUGGAAGGGAGGCUGCUAG